UCUUUUUUUUUCCUCUUUUCUCGUUCCCCUCUACUUCGUCUAGGGUUUAUCCUCUAUCUAUCCGCCGAUUCCUAUACAUACACUUUUUGAUAUUUAUAUAUAUAUACUCUCUCCACACGCCUUGGCGUUUCAUUUCAUUCACCUGCACGAAGCAACAAGAAAGAAGAGGAGAGAUUUAGCAGUAUCCACCACAACCACCACCACCAUGUCUCUGAGACCUAACGCUAAGACUGAGGUUCGUCGGAACCGCUACAAAGUGGCGGUUGAUGCUGAAGAAGGACGACGGAGGAGAGAGGACAACAUGGUUGAGAUCCGUAAGAGUAAGCGUGAGGAAAGCUUACAGAAGAAGCGUCGCGAAGGUCUUCAAGCUAAUCAGUUACCUCAAUUCGCUCCUUCUUCUGUUCCUGCUUCAUCUACUGUUGAGAAGAAGUUGGAGAGUUUGCCUUCUAUGGUUGGAGGUGUGUUGUCUGAGGAUAGAGGCUUACAGCUCGAAGCCACUACUCAGUUCAGGAAAUUGCUUUCUAUUGAGCGUAGUCCUCCAAUUGAAGAGGUUAUUGAUGCUGGUGUUGUGCCUCGUUUUGUGGAGUUUCUCACCAGAGAGGAUUAUCCACAGCUUCAGUUUGAGGCUGCCUGGGCAUUGACAAACAUUGCUUCUGGGACUUCAGAGAAUACAAAGGUGGUCAUUGAACAUGGUGCUGUUCCGAUUUUUGUUCAACUGUUGGCUUCUCAAAGUGAUGAUGUCCGUGAGCAGGCUGUUUGGGCAUUAGGAAAUGUUGCUGGUGAUUCUCCACGGUGCAGAGAUCUUGUCCUUGGCCAGGGAGCUUUGAUACCAUUGCUCUCUCAGUUGAAUGAGCAUGCUAAGCUCUCAAUGCUGAGAAAUGCUACUUGGACCCUCUCAAACUUCUGUAGGGGAAAGCCACAGCCUCCCUUUGACCAGGUCCGUCCAGCACUUCCAGCCCUUGAACGCCUGAUUCAUUCGACUGAUGAGGAAGUGUUAACGGAUGCGUGCUGGGCUCUCUCUUACCUUUCCGAUGGCACAAAUGACAAGAUCCAAUCCGUCAUUGAGGCAGGUGUUGUUCCACGACUCGUCGAGCUUCUCCAGCAUCCAUCACCAUCUGUGCUUAUUCCUGCGCUUCGUACUAUUGGUAACAUUGUCACUGGAGAUGAUCUGCAAACACAGUGUGUAAUUAGUCAUGGUGCACUCCUUAGCCUUUUGAGCCUUCUGACUCACAAUCAUAAGAAGAGCAUAAAGAAGGAAGCUUGCUGGACAAUCUCAAAUAUCACUGCUGGAAACAGGGACCAAAUUCAGGCUGUAUGUGAAGCUGGUUUGAUUUGCCCUCUUGUCAAUCUGCUUCAAAAUGCGGAGUUUGAUAUAAAGAAAGAAGCUGCAUGGGCAGUAUCAAAUGCCACUUCAGGUGGUUCUCCUGAUCAAAUCAAGUACAUGGUGGAACAGGGAGUUGUGAAACCACUGUGUGAUCUUUUGGUGUGCCCUGAUCCAAGGAUCAUCACUGUAUGUCUGGAAGGAUUGGAGAACAUACUGAAAGUCGGGGAAGCUGAAAAGGUCACAGGAAAUACCGGGGAUGUAAACUUUUAUGCACAGUUGAUCGAUGAUGCUGAGGGAUUAGAAAAGAUUGAGAAUCUGCAGAGUCAUGACAACAGCGAAAUCUAUGAAAAGGCAGUGAAGAUUCUUGAAACAUACUGGUUGGAAGAGGAGGAUGAAACUUUACCACCAGGUGAUGCCGCUGCACAAGGCUUCCAGUUUGGAGGUACUGAUGCAGCCAUACCACCAGGUGGAUUCAACUUCAAGUGAAGGAGCUGAGCAUGAUGAGUCUGAAGAGUCGAAGCAGCUUAUUAAAGAGUCUGGGGGGCACUGGUUGAAAAGGGUCUGAUUAGAGAGUCUGGUCUUCUGUGUAAAAGUCAGAUGGGGGGUGCCUGAAGUCUGGCCUGGUCUGGUCAGAUUCUGUGUCAGUGGUUGGUGGGUUUGAGUCAUGAAAUAAGCUUUGUUGUGGGGGGAGUUGGGUAGGAGUCAUCAAAGGGUAAUUUAUUUUUUUAUAAGGGAAAAUUUGGGAGAAGGGUUUAUAAGUUUUUUAAAAAGUGUGAUGAGAAAUGUGUGUCCUCUGGGUUUUUGUUACAUUUUGUACUAAACAACACUGCAAAGUCAAACAUAAAAAAGUUGGUCAAACUUCAUUUGGUCUUGUGGGUGACAUAAAAGCCCAAUUGGUUUGUCUCUUUUAUUUGUGUUUUUUUAAUCUGUUGUAGUGCGGUCCAGGUCAUUUUGGGGUAUGGUCUGCAUAUGCACGCGUAUCCAUAUUAAAAACAUAUGUCCAUAAAUCGAUGCUGUUCCGAAUUAAACUGACUAAGAUUUUGGUUCGGUUUGAUUCGGUGAUGGUUAUUUCGGUUUUUGCAAUUUGGUUAAUUCGGUUUA